AUGUAUGCAUGCAUGCAGGUUGGGCGACAGAGAUUCGCUGAGUCGCGCCAGGCUCGGAGCUGGACUUCUCGUCUCAGGCUAGCGGGGGAGGGGGGGGCGGCCAGGAUAUCUAGUCCAGCCAGCCAGCCAGCCAGCAAGGAAGAGUCCGGCAAGGAAGAGUCCAGGAAGGAGAGAGUCCAGGACUUUGGACGCCCUCCCGAACCCGGGCUUCUCUGUUGCCUGCGCUGGGAACCGAGCUCCCAGUUUAUGCUCUCAACCCCCCCUCCCCUUCUCACCGCUCAGCAAUCCGUCAUGCGCACACCUCCCACGGCACUUGCAGCUGUUUGUUGCCCUUGGAACGACGCACGAUAA